UGAACGGCCCCGAUUAGUAGAAAGAAACAUCCGACGGUAGAUGGGGCGCCGGAGACGGGGCUCAAAGGCAAGUCUAUGGACUCGAUGGCUCGAUGCCCCACGCCCCCAACCCACUGCAGAACAGCGCGGCGCUCAGAUUCCCGUGUCGCUCCCGAGUUCCCUCCGCUUCGGCCGUUGCAGACCGCAGGAGUGAAGCUUCCAUGGCGGAGGAGGCGGCGCAGGAGCAGCCGAGCCACGUGGCCUCCCGCCCUGUCCGCUGCAUCGUCAAGCUAGGUGGAGCGGCGAUCACGAACAAGGGCGAUCUGGAGAGCAUCAACGAGGGGAGCCUACGGUCGGCGUGUGCGCAGCUGCGGCAGGCCAUGUCCGACGCCGAUAGCGCUGGCCCGGAGAAGGUUCUGGGAAUGGAUUGGAGCAGGAGGCGCGGCGAUCCGGCCGACCCGGUUGUGGACGCGGAGGGGUUCGCGGGGAUGGUUGGGUUGGGGCUCGACACUAACUUCGUCGUCGUGCACGGCGCCGGGUCUUUUGGUCACUUCCAAGCAAGUAGAUCUGGAGUUCAUAAAGGAGGGCUACAUUCGACACUGGUGAAGGCUGGCUUUGUGGCUACAAGAAUUUCAGUGACUUCUCUCAACCAGGAAAUUGUUAGAGCCCUGGCAAGAGAAGGAAUACCAUCUGUUGGGAUGUCACCAUUUGCUUGUGGGUGGUCUACCCGGCAAAGAAACCUUGCAUCAGCCGAUGCUUUUCAAAUAAUUCAGUCACUCCAUGCUGGCUUUGUCCCUGUUUUGCAUGGAGAUGCCGUUCUUGACGAAUUGCUGGACUGUACCAUAUUGAGUGGGGAUGUCAUUAUACGACAUCUUGCACAGCUUCUCAAUCCGAAAUAUGUUGUAUUUCUGACAGAUGUCCAUGGAGUAUAUGACCGCCCUCCAACUGACCCAAAUGCAGUACUUCUGAGAGAGAUAGAGGUGGAUGGCAAUGGAAGCUGGUCUAUUGUAAAACCUGCAUUACUGCAAGGCAACAACAAAGGAGUGGAGAUAUCAGUAGCUGCACAUGACACCACCGGCGGAAUGGAGACCAAAAUACUAGAAGCUACCAUGAUAACUAGGCUUGGAAUUGAUGUGUACAUUACAAAGGCUGGAACAGAACACUCCCUGAGGGCCUUAAAGGGGGAUGUGAGCACGGACUCGGAAGAUUGGCUUGGAACUGUUAUACGCUCUUCCAAAUAGAUUUAUUGGUGCAAAAUAUACCACGGCUUACUGGUCACUGGCGAACAUCCCCCCCCCCCCCUGUUAUAUGAUCGCUUGUGAGCCUUGGGCUUUCUAUGAUAAUUCACGGAUUUACUUCUAACUGUGAUUAUAUAUUGAUUGAUAAGCGUUGAGUUCAGUAACUUUGUUUUGUUUGCUGAACAAGUAUAGGUGCUUUGGCCGGAAGAACUAAGGAUCUCAUGUCAUGGUUUAGCCGUUUCAUUU